AUGGCGGUGAGCUCGCGGUUCCCCUCCCAACCAGCGGCGCGCGGGCUCCUGCGCCGCACCCCGCCGUGCAUCCUCCCCGUCGAGCGCACUCCGCGCCGCCUCGCCCUGGUCGUCCCCGCCGUCUGCGGGUGGCCUGGACCGGGCGGAUCGCCCGUUCCCAGGCGGCAGCCACCGCCGGCGGACGCCGCGACCGUGGCGCCGACCUCGGCGCCGUCGUCGGCCGCCUCGGUCAUCGAUUUCCUCACCCUGUGUCAUCGCCUCAAGACCACCAAAAGGAAAGGAUGGAUAAACCAUAGCGUCAAGGGCCCUGAGUCUAUUGCUGAUCACAUGUACCGAAUGGCCUUGAUGGCUCUGAUUGCUGGUGAUCUGACUGCUGUCGAAUCGAGAAAGGUCCAUAUCUUCAAAUUAUUGUUAUCUUUCUCGGUUUCGUUAUGCUUUGGCCGUUGUCAUAUGUGUAUCAAAAUUGCUAUUGUGCAUGACAUUGCUGAAGCUAUUGUUGGUGACAUUACCCCAUCGGAUGGUAUACCUAAGGCUGAAAAAAGCCGGCGUGAACAAGCAGCUCUAGAUGAAAUGUGUGAAGUUCUUGGUGGUGGGCCAAUUGCUGAUGAGAUUAAAGAGCUGUGGGAAGAAUAUGAAAACAAUUCUUCUAUUGAAGCCAAUCUUGUAAAAGAUUUUGAUAAAGUGGAAAUGAUUCUUCAAGCAUUGGAAUAUGAGAAAGAACAUGGCAAAGUGCUAGAUGAGUUCUUUCUCUCCACUGCUGGCAAGUUCCAGACAGAGAUUGGUAAGAGCUGGGCUGCUGAAGUAAACGCGAGGAGAAAGGAGGGAUGCGGAAAGCAGAAGUAG